AAACUUUGUUGGCAGAUUGAUCCUUCUAAAUCAUUGAGACCAUACUAGCUCAUGUGGUACAGUCUGGCAGACAACCGUGUUCCUGCUUUUUCCUCUUGACACUAGUUGUUCUUCUUCCUAAAGUUGUGCUGCCUUUCCUCCUUUUUUUCCCUCGGGUUGUUGCCAACCUUGUUAUUCCUUCCUUUCACUUUCCUUUUACUCUCCCAAUCCCAACUUCUCUGCAUCUCACACCCUCCUUUGCUCUUGGAUUUCUUCGCCAUGGCUACUCAAACUGUUGCCGCUGCUGAUCAUACUUCUGCUUCUGAUGAGCAAGUUGAGAAGAAGAAGAAUGAAGAAGGCAUUGGAGAGAAGACGGUUUCUUUGACAAAUGAAAAUGAAGACAAGCUUGACAAGACUAAAGAUGCAGCUCCUCCUUUGUCUAAGACAGAAGAAGAAACUGAGAGAGAAGAGAAGAAGGUUGAUGGUGAAGGAGCAUUACAGGAAUCUGUUGGAGACAAUCUGAAGGAGCAAAUUAAGGAGCUCCCCCCUCAAUCACAACCCACAACAAUAAUCGAACCAGCCAUAGAUUCUGCAACAGAGCGUUUUGUGGAUAAAGAAACAGAGAAAGAGAAGCAAGUAAAGGAAGAAGACAUUCCUGAGGUGUCAGAUGAAGUGAAGCAAGACGAACAGAAGCUCGUUCCUGAUUCAGAGCCGAUCAGUGUCAAGGAACCAGAAGCAGAUCCUGCCGUUGGCAACCCUGAAGUGUCUAAGCCCGCAGAAGCUACUGAGAAGGAGACAUCGCAGAGGCCGCAAACAGAGGAACAAGAAACUGCUAAGAAGGAAACACCACAGAAGCCACAAACAGAGGAAGAAGAGCAAAUAAAGGAAGUGGCGGCUGAAAAUACAGAGAAAUCAAGUAAUCACGCUGAGGUUAAUCUUGCAAAAGAAUCGGAUUUAGAGGAAGUGAAAGAGAAUGAAUAUUCAGAAGUAAGUUUUGUCGCACCAACGCUGGGAAAAUCAGAGGAAGCAGAGAAAGAAGAGGAGAAAAAGGAGGUGGAGCAACAAACGAUAGUUUCAAUUCCCGAACCUUCAGUUGAAACCAUCGAAAAACCCAGCGACGUGACUGAGGAAAAAACAAGGGAAGUAGAAAAUUCUGAUGGAGAAGAAGUGAAACAGAGUAGCAACCACGAAGCAGGGCCUACAGAACCAGAAAAGCCAGAACCUGUGGUUACUGAAGUUGAGGAUCAACCAAAUGAACUAGAAAAGCAGUCCUUGGAGAAAGAACAAGAGGAGCGAUCCGAGACGGUUGUCGAUGAAAACGUAAAGAAAGAAGAUUCUGAAGAUACAAUUGUAGUGGGACCUCGUAAAGAGUCAGAGGCUGUCAACACAGGGAAACCAGAACUUGGGUCUCUCCAGGUGGAGGAAAAGCUAAAAGAACUAUUAGAAUUUGAGAAGAAAGACAAGGACGUGGAGACUGAACAAGAGCUUGUAUCUGGUGCAGUGGAGGAAAAGCCAAGAGAAGAGGAUUCAAACGUAGAGGAGAAGAGUAAGGACGUGGUGACUGAGAAAGAACUUGCGGGCAAGUCUGCGGCAACUAAGGAAACAUCAGAGAAGGAACAAAAAAUUGAAAAGGAAGAGGAAACGAGUGUCACCAGCAACACUGUACAAGUUACACCAAAAGAGGAAGCUAAAGUGGCAGCUGCAAAUGUUGUGACAGCAGAAGAAGUUGCUGAAGAAGAGAAAGGUGACAAAGAGGAGGAAAGUAGUCUCACCACAACCACGAACACUACACCAGUUGUGUCCAAGGAGGAAACUGAAGUAGCCUCUGGGAAGGCGGUGGAAUCUUCUUCUGCAACUGCAGAGAGAGUUGUUGAAGAAGAGAAAAUUAACAAGGAUGAGGGAAUUAAUGUCACGAAAAACACGCCAAACGAUGCAUUAAAGAAGGAAGCUGAAGCAGCUUCUGCAAAUGGGGUGGAACCUUCUCCUGUGACCGCACAGAAAGUUGUUGAAGAAGAGAAAAUUGACAAGGAGGAGGAAAUUACUGUCAAAGGAGUCCCGGCACAAGUUAUGUCCAAGGAGGAAGCUGAAAGAGGCUUUGAAGCUAAUGGGCUGGAAUCCUCUCCCGUGAAUGCAGAGAAAGUUGUUGAAGAAAAGGGCAAGAAGGAUGAGGUUGAUGUGGCGUCAAAAGAAGUGGUAGGGGUUUCUGAAAAUCCUCAGCAAAUUUCUGUUAAUCAGGAAACUAAAACCGAUCAGGCAGAGGAAAAACAUAACUCUGCUGCUCCUGGUGUGGUAGAAAAGAAAGAAAUAAACGCGUCUGAUGCUGUUGAAAAAUUGUCAAGAGAAGCAGAAGUGGAAGUAAACAAGGUUGUGGAACAAAAGAAUGAAGCAAAGGAAACAACAACUGAAGUAGAAGAAGAGGGUGUGAAAAUGGUGAAAACCAUAAAAGAUAGUCAACCUGAAGCAGAAAAGGAAGAGAGUAAAGUGGAUGAUGGAUCAACAGAUGCAAGUGAGCCCGCGAGAGAAACUCUGGCAUCUAAAUUUGAAGAAGAAGAGGAAUCUGGUGCCAAGAAAGAACAAGUUGAUAAGCCUAUGAAAACCGAGGCUCCAAUUACGGAGGUUGCCGUCAAAGAAAGCGAUACCACGAAAACAACCAAGGACCUUCCAAAAGAAACUAUCACAAAAUCUCAAAAGCAAUCAAACAACAUAAUAUCAAAGGUCAAACAGUCACUAGUUAAAGCAAAGAAGGCUCUCACUGGAAAAUCUCCAAGCUCCAAGAAUCUCACUGCAGGCACCAAAGGCGAUAUUAAAGUGAAAUAACGCUAUAUAUGAGAUGGAUCAAGCAUACUGGCAAAAUCUACAGAGGCGUUGUAUUUUUCUCAGGGUUGUGGUGACUAGCAUAGUUGUUUUCUCUUGUUUUUGUUUGUAAUUGCAUUGAAUGCAAAAGAGUGCGCCGAGUGUAGUGUACAUAGAAGAUCUAUAGGCUUUGCUUUAGGCAGUGCUGGAAACUCUUGAUUGUUUGUUUAUGCGUUAUUCAUUUUGGGCAUAUGUAUUGUUUGUGAUUUUGAUUGCUCUUAAUAAGUUAUUGGAUCAAUUUAAAUUUGUUUAUG